CGGUAGUAGUGCCGCAGUUCUCUUUCCUCCGCCGCUUGCCGUCGCCAGAUGUUCCUCUUCCUCGCUGUUUUGGUCGGCGGUCGGUAUGGUCGAUCGGGGGGUUUUUGGUCGAGCCUCGUAUGGUAUUCUUCGAUAUUUAUAUAUAUAUAUAUUUUUGUUUCUUUUCUGGCUUUUGCAACUUCGAUCUUCUUGUUCUUCGUCGUCUCUUUCACUAUCGAUCGGAUCUGGUGUCGCGUGAUUUGAGAUGGUGGUUAGAGGAAGAUCUAGCUUGUAGGGUGGAAUCCGCGAGCGAAGAGAUCCAGCGGGGGAGUUGAUCGGCUGGGCGAUGGAGAACUUUGAAGUAUUCGAGAGAAAUUUCUGAUCGCCUCAUCUGGAAUCCACUAUUGUUUUUUUCUGCUGCUCUUCGCUUCCUUUUCCUCGAACCUCGUCGUCUCUCUCGUUACUUAUUUAAGUCGGUUGGCGACCAGUUGCGGAUGGUCACUUCGUUGUGCUACGGCUGCGGCGACUGGAUACACCACCGUUUCUGGUUAGCCGAUGGACUAAACAGCCGUGAACAGAUUACCACCUAAUAUGCGGAAAGAAUCCAGCUUGAAGUGGGAUAUGACAAAUUUUGUAUUGGAAGUCUUGUCGUAGAUGUUCAGUAAGAAUAAUUCAGGCUUUUCCGGCUUCCACUUCUAUCUUCUCUUGCUAUUCUUCCUGAUAUUGAAGGAUCGACCCUGAGUUAUUUGCAAUCAAGAAGAGGUUGAAUCCUGUUGUCGAAGUUUAUCGUUUUCUGGUUUUCAUCAGCAUCAGUUGAAUAGCAAUGGUGCUGGACCUUAACUUGGCAUCCUCCAGUGAAUCGGCAGCGUUUCAAGAUAAGACUGACCCAGAGGGUUUUGUAGAUGGGGAGAUGGAUGAUUCUGGGACGACUAAUUCAUCUGUUCUUAAUGCUACGGUUUUUGCGGACGUAACUGAAGAGGAUUCUUGCUCAACCCGACCUACAGCUGCCUUCAGAUUUGGUAUCUUGAAGAGCUCCAUUUCUGUAGAAGAUGAAAAUGAAGUUGAAGUGGAGCAUGAGGAGGAUGGGAAUGAUGCCCAGAAACAACUUGGAUUGAUCACCAAGCAACUCCUUCCUCCAGUGACUGUGGUUUUGGAUGUUUGUCAAGUUCCUGUAACAACAUCGUCUUCAUCAUCAUCUAAGCUGCCUUUGAUGGAUCUCACCUUUUGCCAAGCUGAUUCACCAUCAAAAUCAAGACUUCCAUAUCACCAACACCUGCUCCAUCAGCCACAGCAACAGCCAAAGAAGAGUCGCAGGGGGCCAAGAUCCCGGAGUUCUCAGUACCGAGGAGUUACAUUCUAUCGCAGGACAGGGAGAUGGGAAUCUCAUAUCUGGGACUGCGGGAAGCAAGUGUACUUGGGAGGCUUUGACACUGCUCAUGCUGCUGCAAGGGCAUAUGAUCGAGCUGCAAUUAAGUUUCGGGGAGUUGACGCUGAUAUCAAUUUCAAUCUGAGUGACUAUGAAGAAGAUCUGAAUCAGAUGAAGAAUCUGUCAAAGGAAGAAUUUGUUCAUAUACUUCGUCGUCAGAGCACUGGAUUCUCAAGGGGAAGUUCAAAAUAUAGAGGAGUCACCCUGCACAAGUGUGGUCGUUGGGAAGCCCGCAUGGGGCAGUUCCUUGGCAAGAAGUACAUAUAUCUUGGGCUAUUUGACAGUGAGAUAGAAGCUGCUAGGGCUUAUGACAAGGCAGCCAUAAAAUAUAAUGGAAGAGAGGCAGUUACCAAUUUUGAUCCAAGUACCUAUGAAGAAGAAAUAGUUUCCAAGUGUGAUAAUGAGGGGCCUGAUAUUGAUCUAAAUUUGAGAAUAUGCCAACCAUCUGUCCCCACUCCCAAGGACAACCAAUGUUCACUCAGUAGCCAGUUGAAAGGAUUCGACAUUAGCAAGGCAAGGGUGAGAGAGAAUGACAAGAGACCUGCUAUUGGUUUCCAAACUCUACCGAUGUUGAGUUGGCCGACAAAUGUGCCUUCUCCAUUUCCAAUGUUCUCUUCUGCAGCAUCAUCAGGAUUCCCUACUAACAAGGUGACAGCUGCUCUUCCUCCGCUGCAAACUCCAGCCUCGGCAACCAACCAUCUCCAUUUCUCCCAUGGUGCCGCACCAAAGUACUAUUUUGGAAACCCAUCUCAUUAGUGUCCAACGAGGAGCAGAUUUGUUUGUCUGAAAUCAAAGCAAGGAAUGCUUACCCACACCAGUGUCAGCAGAGUGAGAGGUCGCACUUGUUCGCAAAAAAAUUAUUAUUUGGUGGUGUUUGGUCCUCUUAUAUCACUGUCUUAUGCAAUGUUGCGCCUGUAUUAUAUAUUUGACAUCUCAGAAUAUAUGCGUUCAAGAGCCUUUAAUAUUGAUU